CUUAACAGAGGAGACGAGUGGUGAUAGCACCUCACUUCCCUGAUCUGAUUGGCCCACGCCGUUGAUACUCAUCCUAGAGAUGCAGUGAUUGGCAUCAGAGUAUCACUCCAGGCGCCCGCUCACAGGCUGGCUACAGGUCCUUCACUCAGCAUCACAGCGGCUUUUCUCUCCUCGAGAGCCUCUCACAGCUGUCCAACAUGGGCCCCCCCUCUCAGCUGAUGGCCACCUCCAAGGCCCUUAAACGGCUGCCCACCCCGACCUGGCCGCCCAUGAAUGCUUCUUACAUCUAUAUUGAAUUGGCUGCCGGUCAGCAAAGACGAAUUUGACGGUCUCAACCAGGACUCUGUACGAUAUCGCAUGUGGAACAGUUCAUAGCUGCUACCAGCAGCCAACACAGCGCAACAUUGAACUCCAACUUCACCAAGCAAGUCAAUUAACUCAGAUCAGAUCAGGUUAAUCGCCAACAUGAAGUUCCCAACCUUCAAACGCUCUCAGCAAAAGCACACAGAUAAGCCAUCCAGGGCAAAGAAUUACCGCGUCUUAUUCCGGAAAUGGCCUCGCGUAUCAAGAAAGGGAACAUGGUGGUUAAUGCCUCUUGAGCUGAUUGGAAUUGUCCCUGCUCUGGUCAUCUUUGGCAUCUCUCAACCAAAUCUCUACCGUACCGAUAUGUGGCAGAUUGGCUGGGAGCACGAUCCUCCCCUCAACUCGAACCCGGCCAGAGUUCUCUACGCUUAUGCCAAUUAUCAGCCUCAACCAAAGAUUGCUCUCAUCUGGACACGAACCUUCACCAAUUUCAAUGUCGCUAUUUCGAUCAUUUCACUCUUCUUCCUCCUCGGCAAGCUUACUGCCUUCAUUAUGAGAGUUUGGUACCCCAUCUUCGCCACUUUCAUCAAUGUCAGUAUGGUCGCUCUCUACACAGUCUGCGUCUAUGGAACCAUUGGACCUGACUACACUGAUUCACGAUAUCCCGCUCCUGCAGCUUGGUACUACCGUAUUGGGUGCGAUAUUGCCAAGCCAUAUGGAAAGUAUAAGAGCUGCAUGAUUGCUCGAUACUCGCUUGUCAUUGGUGUUUACAUGCUGGCAAUCUAUCUUUGUAAUCUGGGAUUCAGCAUCUAUGCCAUGCUACCAAAUAAGAUCAACGAUGUUUCGGACGACGACGACGACGAAGAUGGAUCUACGACGUCGGAGCCAAAGGGAGGUGUUUGGGAGAUGCACAACAUGAAGACUCCCAGUAUUCGAGCAAUGCCGUAUACUCCUCGAACGCAGGCUUUUCACACUCUGGAUCGCCAACUCCCACUUCGGUCUCAGCAGAACAGAUACUAUGGCUGAAGAAAUAUUAGGAUGACAUUUAGGAUACGUCUUGAAGGAGCCACUAUCAUUAAUGAGCAUUGGGUGUUUGGAGUUAAGGAUGGUAUACUAGGGAGCAUACAUAGCCCUACAAGGCUCGACUUCCAUUAACUGUUGUUCAUAUAUGAAUCUGAUAAUUCAUUGAGAUUUACAUGAGUUAUCCUUCGCGUAGAA